GCUGCCCUCCCCGUCAGCCUCCCUCGCUGCCGCGGUGCGCUGGCUGCAGGAAGCCGCCGCGCCGCCGCUUUUGUUGUCAGGGACUCCGCGAGGAGCGCCGCUCGCCGGCCGCCGCCGGCCUCCCUGACAGCCACCCGCUUUCCGCCCCGCGGGGUGCGGGUCCCCGGGCGCCCCGCCCGCUCUGCCCAUGUGGGGGACCCGCGAUCGGCGCUGCCUCCAGCCCGGGGCGGCGCUGAGCUGAGGCGGCGGCGGCGGCGGCGGCGCGGCUCCCUCUGCGGGAAGCGAGCGGGGCCUGGGCUCCCUCCCCGAGGGCACCAUGGAGGUGAAUGCGGGAGGUGUGAUUGCCUAUAUCAGUUCUUCGAGCUCAGCCUCUAGCCCUGCCUCUUGUCAUAGUGACGGUUCUGAGAAUAGUUUUCAGUCCUCCUCCUCUUCAGUUCCAUCUUCUCCAACUAGCUCUAAUUCUGAUAACAAUGGUAAUCCCAAAAAUGGUGAUCUCUCCAAUAUUGAAGGAAUCCUGAAGAAUGAUCGGAUAGAUUGUUCUAUGAAAACAAGCAAACCGAGUGCACCUGGGAUGACAAAGAGUCAUAGUGGAGUGACAAAAUUUAGUGGCAUGGUUCUGCUAUGUAAAGUCUGUGGGGACGUGGCAUCAGGAUUCCACUAUGGAGUUCAUGCUUGUGAAGGCUGUAAGGGUUUCUUUCGGAGAAGCAUUCAGCAAAACAUCCAGUACAAGAAGUGCCUGAAGAAUGAAAACUGUUCUAUAAUGAGAAUGAAUAGGAACAGAUGCCAGCAGUGUCGAUUCAAAAAAUGUUUGUCUGUUGGAAUGUCACGAGAUGCUGUUCGAUUUGGUCGUAUUCCUAAGCGUGAAAAACAGAGGAUGCUAAUUGAAAUGCAAAGUGCAAUGAAGACCAUGAUGAACAGCCAGUUCAGUGGUCAUUUGCAGAAUGACACAUUAAUAGAACAUCAUGAACAGACAUCUUUGCCAGCCCAGGAACAACUCAGACCUAAGCCCCAGCUGGAGACAGAAAACAUCAAAAGCUCUUCUCCUCCCUCUUCAGAUUUUGCAAAAGAAGAAGUGAUUGGCAUGGUGACAAGAGCACAUAAGGAUACCUUUCUGUAUAAUCAAGAGCAGCGAGAAAACCCAUCACAGACUAUGCAGCAUCAGAGAGAAAGGAUUCCCAAGAAUUUGGAGCAGUAUAAUUUAAAUCAAGACCAUUGUGGCAGUGGGCUUAGCCAUUUUCCCUGUAGUGAGAGCCAACAGCAUCUCAAUGGACAGUACAAAGGGAGGAACAUAAUGCAUUACCCAAAUGGGCAUGCCAUUUGUAUUGCAAAUGGACACUGUAUGAACUUCUCAAAUGCUUAUACUCAAAGAGUAUGUGAUAGAGUUUCAAUAGAUGGAUUUUCUCAGAAUGAGAACAAGAAUAGUUACCUCUGCAACACUGGAGGGAGAAUGCAUCUGGUCUGUCCAAUGAGCAAGUCUCCAUAUGUAGAUCCUCAUAAAUCGGGACAUGAAAUCUGGGAAGAAUUUUCAAUGAGCUUCACCCCAGCAGUGAAAGAAGUGGUAGAAUUUGCAAAACGUAUUCCUGGGUUCAGAGAUCUCUCUCAGCAUGACCAGGUCAACCUUUUAAAGGCUGGGACUUUUGAGGUUUUAAUGGUACGAUUUGCAUCCUUAUUUGAUGCAAAAGAACGUACUGUUACCUUUUUAAGUGGAAAGAAAUACAGUGUGGAUGAUUUACACUCUAUGGGAGCAGGAGAUCUGCUAAACUCUAUGUUUGAAUUUAGUGAGAAGCUAAAUGCUCUCCAGCUAAGCGAUGAAGAGAUGAGUUUGUUUACAGCAGUUGUCCUGGUGUCUGCCGAUCGAUCUGGAAUAGAAAAUGUCAACUCUGUGGAAGCUUUGCAGGAAACUCUCAUCCGUGCACUAAGGACCUUAAUAAUGAAAAACCAUCCAAAUGAGGCCUCUAUUUUUACAAAACUUCUUCUAAAGUUGCCAGAUCUUCGAUCUCUCAACAACAUGCACUCUGAGGAGCUCUUGGCCUUUAAAGUUCACCCUUAAGGCCUUUGUUUAUUUAUCAUGAACUGAUCAUGCUAACUGUACAUUUUGUGCUAAAAUGCUUAUUUAUAUGUGUAUACCAUAUGUGGAGAUAGAAAAGACCUUUAAGACCAUUCAAGAUUGUAGACUCUCUGUAAUAACCAUGCAGUAGUGUUCGGAUUGAGAAUUCUUCAGCCACGAUUAGACAUUGACUGCUUUUCCCUGAUAGACCAAUCAGCUGUGUCGCACUUAAAACUGGAGAAGUUACACUGAAAUUAUAAUCACACUGAAUGUCAAACUUUUUCAUCUGCCAAAACCAAAAACUAUUUUGAUCUCCCUGUGGUAUAAAUAUAGCGCACUAUCACAAGCAGUAGAGAUUUAAAAAUUAAUCCUUUAUGGUAGAAGUUCUGUUGUUUGAUGGACUUGAUUUCCUUGGUUGAUUCAGAUUAAGUAAUUGGAGACUUUUCAAGUUAGGAGAUCCCUUUGACUGUAUUUUUCCCUGCCACUGUUAAAAGUGUAUGAUUCUGGGCAGGCUUGUUUGUGGAAAUCAGAAUAGAUAGUGUUCCCAAUGUCCCACCUCACAGAGAUGUUGAAAAAUGUCUUUAAAGCAUAUUUACCUCUUGGGAGAUAGGCACUAUGUAAAUAAGGCAUUUUUUUGUUAUAUUAUUCUUGCUAUUAUUUUCUUAAGCAUUUCUGGGAAAACAUUUCACAGUCUACACCAAUCUAUUGUUCAGGUUCCUGCAUAUUCGUGGGAUAUCCUACCAGGACACAUAUUCAAAGUUCAUGGGUACAUUAAAAACAUAGUAUGUGUACAUAGUCUGUAUGUGAAUAUAGUAUACAUAAAUAUAUUUCUUCGCAAUAUUUUAAACUGUGAAGAACUUUAUCCUACAAUAAAAUCAAAACAAGAGGUGUCGAAGACCCAUUUAGGUGCAUUUUACCUGUUGAUGACAACCAUUGCUCGAAAUACUUAGGCAGUAAAAUUCUGAAUUAAUGCUCUAUUUUUGUUUACUUAAGCAACACCUAAUGUAAAAGUACAACUGGCAGCCAAGUCCAAAUUUCAAAACAUAUGUAUGCAUUUUAGAGUUUAUUUUUGGUAAGAUCUUGGUUUCAAGGUACUUGUUUAAAAGUCUAUUCAGACUCAUUCAAGGAUGUGCUAACUAAUGUUGCAUUAUUUGCCCCUUAUACACAUGCUGCAGCUUGAUUAUAGAAAAAUUUGAUUCUGUUCGGAGAACCAGUGUUAAGUGAAUUAGUAUGUUGAUGUGUGUGUUUGUGUGAGUGUUCUGAGUCCACUUUUUUGUCCUAAAUAACACUACAGGGAUAUUUUCAAAUUAGAUUUAAUCUAAUAUUUGAAAAAAUCAUUUUGUGUGUGACCUACAGGCUUAGAAAAUUGUAGUCAAAGAUGUUUCACAUUUCUGAUAUUCGACUUGAUUAGAUAAGAAAAUAUAUACAUAAGUUUAUGGCAGUACUAGAAAUUAAGCCAAAGUUGAGGAUUUUAUUUAUGUUUAUUUUUGUGCAAAUAGCAAUUAAUUGGAUUUUGGGGUAAAGAUUGCCUUCCACAUGAUUUUUUUUGAUUAUAUAAAAUUGCAAAAAUGAAAGGAGCCUGCUUUACUAUACUCAGCCUGUUACUUUAAUGACAUGUGAAUAGAAUGCCUUAUUUUGUAAUCUUGUUUAACUUGUUGCUACUGGACUUGAAUUUCUGUGGCACUGGUUAAGUAAGUAAAAAAAAAAAGUUAAGCCCUCUCAUUAUUAAAGAGGAAAGGUGAUGGUGAUGUCUGUAAUACAUUAUAAACCAUAAGUGUGGUUUACCUUAAAUAGGUAUGACUUUUAUGGGAUAUACAGAAUAGUUUUUGUGAAAUCUUUACAUGAUAGCAUUAUCUUUUUAUAAUUUUUUUCCUAAGAUAAAUGCAUAGUUUUUCUUCUAUGGGGGGUAGACACAGAUUUUGAAGUAAUACUGAAAACCUCAGAGAUCAUGUUGAUUAUUCAUUUUUGCCUUUUCCAUAAGCCUCUUUAUAACAUGUAUCUUUAAAACAAUUACUAAGUCCUUAGGCGUGUGUAACCAGAACUGUUAGUAUCACU